AAGAAAUACAGAGUUGCUUGCUUUUCUUCUUUCCUCUAUCGUCCAAGUCUCCGUUAGAAGAAAAGGCUUAAAUACCUUACCCUCUUCUCUCUCUCUCUAUCUAUCUGAUAGAUACCUCUAUAAAUAUCUCUCUUCAAAGAUAUCCUCUAAUUUCUAUUUCGCUUUGCUAUUUUUAUCUCGUAGCUCUCCUUGAUUCCUAUAACAAUGGCCAAUGCAGCUUCUGGAAUGGCUGUGCAUGAUGACUGCAAGCUAAGGUUUUUGGAGCUGAAGGCUAAACGAACUUACCGCUCCAUAGUUUUUAAGAUUGAGGAAAAACAAAAGCAGGUUAUUGUGGAAAAGCUAGGUGAGCCAACACAAAGUUAUGAGGAUUUUACAGCAAGCCUCCCUGCUGAUGAGUGCCGAUAUGCUGUUUAUGAUUUUGACUUUGUGACUGAAGAGAAUUGCCAAAAAAGCAGAAUUUUCUUCAUUGCAUGGUCUCCUGACACUUCAAGGGUGAGAAGCAAAAUGAUCUAUGCAAGUUCUAAGGACCGGUUCAAGAGAGAACUGGAUGGUAUUCAGGUAGAGUUGCAGGCAACUGAUCCAACUGAAAUGGGCCUUGAUGUCAUUAGGAGCCGUGCCAGCUAAAGAGAAAUACAAUUUCGCAAUGAAGAGUUUCUUAUGCACUCUAGCGAAAUGUUUAUAGUUCAUGGGCGGUGAACCUGACUGAAUAUGUUACUGGUUUGUUGUUUGAGUUUCACCUUAUAUAGUCUUAUUCUGGAACAGUUCCGAUGAUUUUGGAUUAUUUUUUUAUGGUUUGUCAUGUACUGAACUUAUGCGAUGUGUGUUUCUUUAUAGUCAUGUUCAAAAUAUAUGGUGUAUCAUCAUCUGAUGGUAGAGCAAAUUGGGGUUUGUA